GUGUGCGUGUACGCGCGCGCGCCCGCCUGUCCGCUUGUCAGGUCCAGGUUGGGCCUUCGUGAGGGUGGGUGCGGUUGUGAGACUGACCCUGGUGCUUUCCCCGCCCUCCCCUCACAAUCCCGAGUGUCCUCACAGAGUAGUGUCCCCAUGACAAUGUCCCCAAGACAUUUCAAAUAUUGCAUUGAGCCCUAGAAUGAGGAUUCCCAGCAAGAAGGCAUAGUCCUGGGCUUGGGAUGGGACUUUCAGAUCUAGAAGUGUCCCUGAGGCAAACUUGUGGGACGAAAUGAUGGGAGUGUCCCUACUUGGAGGCGCUGUGGGUGCUGCUACGUUUUUCAGAACCAUAGCAUUCCCAUACCUCUGAAUUCAAAGACAGAUUCUCUCCUCCCUCUCCCACCUGGUUAUGUAUGUAAGAUCAGAGCAAAUGUGGCGCUGGAGCGGAUUUUCUCGGUCUGUCUGUACUCUAAGAAAGGCCUUGUGUUUCACAAGUUCCUUCUUACCCAGUCCUACCAUUCUCCAAAACAAGGCUCCUGAGGAAGAGGGAAAAAUUGUUGUUGCACAUCUGAAAGUCCAGAUCAGGCUUCUCUGGACUCGGCUACCCCAACUGGAAGAAGCCCAAAGAGGACUGACAAAUUCUUGCAGUUCUAAAACCAUGGCCCAUAUGUCCCUGACAUUCAGGGAUGUGGCCAUAGACCUCUCCCAGGAGGAGUGGGAAUACCUGGACCCUGCUCAGAGGGCCUUGUACAGGGAUGUGAUGUUGGAGAACUACAGCAACUUGGUCUCACUGGAUUUGGAGUCUAAGUAUGUUGCCAAGAAGUUAUUUCCAGAAAAGGAUAUUUGUGAAAUAUAUUUAUCUCAGUUACAGACAGAAAAGAAUAAAACCUUCAUCCAUCAGGAUACAGUUUUCAGAAAUGAUUUGCAGUAUAAGCAUGAGUUCGAGCUACAAGAAGGACAGAUGGGAUGUGUUAGUAAAAUGAUAAUCCAAAAGCAUGUAUCUCCUCCUCUACAUCAGAAAAUUGAUGCUAGAGAGAAAUCAUAUGAAUGUAAGGAAUGUAAGAAGGCUUUUAGACAACAGUCAUACCUUAUUCAACAUCUAAGAAUUCAUACUGGUGAGAGACCCUAUAAAUGUAAGGAAUGUGGGAAGGCCUUUUGUCGUGUGGGAGACCUUAGAGUACAUCAGACGAUUCAUGCUGGGGAGAGACCCUAUGGAUGUAAAGAAUGUGGGAAGGCCUUUAGACUUCAUUAUCAUCUUACCGAACAUCAAAGAAUACAUUCUGGUAUGAAACCCUAUGACUGUAAAGAAUGUGGGAAGGCCUUUAGUCGUGUUCGAGACCUUAGAGUGCAUCAGACAAUUCAUGCUGGGGAGAGACCCUAUGAAUGUAAAGAAUGUGGGAAGGCCUUUAGACUUCAUUAUCAACUUACAGAACAUCAAAGAAUUCAUACUGGUGAGAGGCCUUAUCAAUGUAAGAUUUGUGGAAAGACCUUUAGGGUUCAACGACAUAUUAGUCAACACCAGAAAAUUCAUACUGGUGUAAAACCCUAUAAAUGUAAUGACUGUGGAAAGGCCUUUAGUCAUGGCUCAUACCUUGUUCAACAUCAGAAAAUUCAUACUGGUGAGAAACCCUAUGAAUGUAAAGAAUGUGGUAAAUCCUUCAGUUUUCAUGCAGAACUUAUUCGACAUCAUAGAAUCCAUACCGGUGAGAAACCNGGUGAGAAACCCUAUGAAUGUAAAGAAUGUGGUAAAUCCUUCAGUUUUCAUGCAGAACUUAUUCGACAUCAUAGAAUCCAUACCGGUGAGAAACCCUAUGAAUGUAAAGAAUGUGGGAAAGCCUUUCGUCUUCAAACAGAACUUACUCGGCAUCAUAGAAUUCAUACCGGCGAGAAACCCUAUGAAUGUAAGGAAUGUGGAAAGGCCUUUAUUUGUGGCUAUCAACUUACUUUACAUCUGAGAAUUCAUACCGGUGAGAUUCCCUAUGAAUGUAAGGAAUGUGGGAAAACCUUCAGCAGUCGCUAUCAUCUUACUCAACAUUAUAGAAUUCAUACUGGUGAGAAACCCUAUGGAUGUAAAGAAUGUGGGAAAGCCUUUCGUCUUCAAGCAGAACUUACCCGACAUCACAGAAUUCAUACUUGUGAGAAGCCCUAUGAAUGUAAGGAAUGUGGGAAGGCCUUUAUUCGUAGUAAUCAACUUAUUUCACACCAGCGAAUUCACACCAAUGAGAAUACCUUUGAAUGUAAGGAAUGUGGGAAGAAUUUUAGUCGUCGUUACAAUCUUACUCAACAUUAUAAAAUUCAUACUGGUGAAAAACCCUAUGAAUGUAAAGAAUGUGGAAAGGCCUUUCGGUUUCAAACAGAACUUACUCAGCAUCACAGAAUUCAUACUGGCGAAAAACCCUAUAAAUGUCAGGAAUGUGGGAAAGCCUUUAUUCGUAGCAAUCAUCUUAUUCAACAUCACAGAAUCCAUACUGGUGAGAAACCCUAUGAAUGCAAAGAAUGUGGGAAGACCUUUAGUCGUCACUAUCAUCUUACUCAACAUCACAGAAUCCAUACUGGUGAGAAACCCUACAUAUGUAAUGAAUGUGGGAAUGCUUUUAUCUGUAGUUAUCAACUUACCUUACAUCAAAGAAUUCACACGGGUGAGAUUCCAUAUGAAUGUAAGGAAUGCGGAAAGACCUUUAGUCGUCGGUAUCAUCUUACUCAACAUUUCAGACUGCAUACUGGUGAGAAACCUUAUGGAUGUAAAGAAUGUGGGAAUGCCUUUCGUCUUCAAGCAGAACUUACCCGACAUCACACAAUACAUACUGGUGAGAAACCCUAUAAAUGUAAAGAAUGUGGGAAGGCCUUUAGUGUUAAUUCAGAACUUACUCGACAUCAUAGGAUUCAUACCGGUGAGAAACCCUACAAAUGUAAAGAAUGUGGGAAAGCCUUUAUUCGUAGUGAUCAACUUACUUUGCAUCAGAGAAAUCAUAUUAGUGAGGAAACCCUAUGCAUAAUAUAAAGAGGAUACAAUGGCCUUUAGAAAUUGCCUUUUAAACAGCAGAGAACUCAUAAUUUAAGAAAUGUUUUACUUGUUAGGUAACAUGUGGGAAUCCCUCAUUUCAUGCUUAAAAUUUAACAGAAAUAGUUUUAUACUAUACAUGUUGAUGUAAACAGUUGAAAAAUUAUAGCAUCAUCCAGUCUUGGUUAAACUUUAGCAAAUUGAUAUUGGUGCAGUGCAUCUCAGACCAAGGUGAAGGGCACCCCCCACACACACACUGUUGUUCACCAAAACUUUUAUAAAAUGCAGUAAAAUAGGAUUGCCAGAAAGAAUGGUAUGGAAAGAAAAAGUCGUACAAAUGAAAGCCCUGAUUUUAUUGUUGAAUUUAACGGACAUAAACUUAGCUCUGUCAAAUUGUUAUAAAGGUUUCUAAAUGCUUAUUCUCAGUGUCUACACCUCACCUCGUUACAGACCAGAUGCAAACACUGGAUCAGCAUCAAUCAGUACAUGGACCACACUUUAUAUAGCGCUGUAACAGAAAAUACUUCUAGAGUGAACAAAAAGGGGGCCGGGGGUACUUUAGGAAGAAUCAUAAAAUGUGUUUUACUUAUAUAAAAUAUGAGGAAUGAAUUUAUGAAAGGGAUAUAUUGACUUAUUCUAGCUACCUUUGCAAGCCUGCUGGCAUUUAUUUGGGAGAACCACUGAUCAUAGGUCACUUGCAAAUGUAGUGUGCCUUUCCUAAAAACCUAAAUACACCUAUGUUUUAUUCUCACAUUGGUGUGACUGUAUUUAUGUGACCAUGUCCCUGGUAAAAGAUGGCCCAGACUUUGUGCAUUAUCCCAGAGCUACUUGGAAACUUCCAAAGAAAACGGAGGGCUUCUCAACAUUUCAUUUGAACAACGGCCACAAGCACAGAUAUAGCCAGUGUGAACUGCAAUAUUUCUGAUAGCCAAAUUCAAAUAUUGUUGAAGUAGAUAAUUUUGAAUGAGACAUUAUAUGACUAAAUGCUCACAAAUUUAGCUAAAGCCACCUAAAUAUUUAUGUUGCUGUUUAUGGUAGUUUGGGAUACAUCCGUUGGAAGAUUCAGUAAAAUAUAAAGAAACAAAAUUAUUGCAGUUUAAAAUAGAGGAAUAAGAAGGGGUCACCAUACUCUGGGCUAGACAAAUCCUAUGGGUAAAUAAAGAGAAAACCCACCCUCCCAUGAAAUGUCUGAUAUCUAAAAGUGUAUCCUGUGUGACAAUUUUUAAAACUAUUCAUAUCUUUAAAAAAAUAAUUCUGUUAAUGUAGGAAAAGGCUUUAGCUAUAGCAUUAUUUUUACUGUAAUUCUUACAAUUCCACCUCAGCCUGUGUGUGGUAUUUGGCAAAACACUUCUCUCUGUGCCUCAGUUUUAAAAUAGUGAUAAAAGUACCUACGUAAUAGUAUUUUUGUGAAGAUGAAAUAUCAAUAAAAAGACAAAACCUUUAAAAGAGUAUGUGCUCAAUGCAUACCACUGUUACUUUUAUCAUUAGUAAUAUUAUUAGUAAAUUCAUGUGAGAAGAAGACCCUAUGAGUGUAAGCAAUUUGUAAAAGCCUUCCAUUACCCUGUACUCGUUACUUAUAUUGAGAUUAUUGUGAGUAAAGUCUAGUAAAAUGACCUUUCAUUUCUAAAAUCAGAACUCAUCUCUGAAAACUUAUGUGAGAAAAACAUCUCUAGAGUUGAUGAGUUUUGUGAAGAUUAUGCAAGUAAAGCUUUUGAAGAAUCAGGGAAAGCUGUAAUCCUUUUUCUUUUCAUAAUCCAAAAAGCAGACAAAUUACAGUCUGCUUUUUCUGCCCCAAAUUCAUGAUAAAUUAGAAACUAACAACCAAAAGACUACUGUCCAUUUGGAAAAAAUGUUUAAAUAAUACAGUGAACACUGGUAUGCCCUUUCUAGAUUCAGUGAUUAUUCAUACAUUGUCAUCUUUGAUUUGCUUCUAUAUCAUUUUUUACAUUUUUGCUGUAUUGUUUGAGUAUAAAGUGUAGACAUGACAUUUCACCUAUCUGUAUAUAAUCAUGUGACUCCUAAGAAUAAAGGCUGCCUCUUACUUAUAUAACUUCAAAUCUAAGGAAAUUAGUAAUUCCAUAAUCUCUAAUAUUACAAAUAGAUACCAGUGCCUUAACCCAACGUAUCUGAAAGAAUAUCUCUGGGAACAGUAUAUAAUGGUACUUUAAAAAUGUUCUGUGAUCACACAGGCUUAUGAAGCUUUGAACACUAAAUCUCUUCUAAGGAAAAAAAAGUGCUUAUUAGGCUAUCAGAAGAUGAGUCCUACACUAAAGAUAAUUUGUAUGACUUUGUUUAUCCCAGUGUAUCUUAAAAUUUACUAAGGAAGUCCCAUUCACAAUACCUAAUAUCUUUGGGAUGUGAACCCACACUGGAAAUGCUGCCAUAACCAAAAAAGAGUGACCCUAAGGAUGGAUUAUUUAGUUAAAAUGGCAGAUGCUUAGCUGUGUUGAGAAAAGAAAUGCAUGGUGUAUUUCUCUGCUGCUCGCAUCUUCCUCUGCAAUCAAUUGCUUGCCCUCUGAAUUUUUCUACAAAAUAAAAACCCCAUUUGGCCCACUUUUUUAUACGAAUAUACUAUAGUGUAUCUAAACCUCUCAUUGUUUAGUGUUUAGGUUUCAAGAGUUUUUCACUAUUUCAGAUAUACUUCAGUGAAUAUCCUUGUCUGUGAUCACUGGUCUGUGUAAGCUGGAAUUUCUUUAACUGAACAUGUGGAGGUAGGAUUGCUCAUACAUUAUAUACUUUUUCAGUCAUGUUAGAUAUUGCUAAAUUGAUCGAAGGUCAUGUACACUUCCAGUUAUACUAGAUAUUGUCAGAUUAUUCUCUUAGACUCCUGUCAAUACUCAAUUUCACAGGAAUACUAUCACAUUGAGUAUUCCUAUAGCCUCACUCUAGAUGUUUUAAUAUAUGUUUUUAUACAUUUCAGCUUCAGUUGAGCAUUUGUUCAAACAUGUUUCUUGGUUCUUUACUUUGACUUUCUUACUCUUGACUUUCUCCAUUAUUUUUGUUCUUUUGUUUUUCUACUUGACUUGAAUGCCAUUCUGAACACUUCAUUUGCUAUAUCAAUGCAAUUAUUUUCUCCUUCAUUAAAUAUAGCAUUGGUUAUGUCUCCUGAACACUCAUCCUGUUUUUAUGAGACAGAUUUCUAGGCUAUAAGUUGUAUAAUCUGGAAAUAAAAUUUUAUUUAUGUUCCAAUAUUUAAUUUAUUACUUUGUUUACUGAUUGCAAUAGCUAGACUCUUCUAAAGAAGGUUGAAUAUAAUGGUGAUACAGGCAUCAAUUUCUCCAAAUUUAAUGGAAAAUUUCAUAACAUUUAAUCAUUUACUAUAAUAUUCACUCUUUAUUUGAAGAGUAAUUCUCUUUGUUGCCUCUAAAUAUUUUCCUGCGAUAUACUAUGUUGGGGAGUGGAGGAUGCCUACUUUGUUUGGUAGUGACUGCUAAAUUUUGAACAAGGCCAUUUUGUUAUCUGUUGGUAUAAUCUUAUGUUUUUCUCCUUAAAGUUAUUGAUGUAUUGAUUUGUACUCAUUAAUUUCUUGAAUUUUAAACAUUUCUUGUAAUAUACUGUGAUUUUUGUCAUACUGCUGGAGUUCACUUAUCUUAAUUAGAAUAUCUUAAUUAGAAUUUUUCCAUCUAUAGUCAUGUGUGAGGCAGUAUUAUAGUUUCCUUUUUAUUAAUAAGAUUUUGGAAUUUUAAUGAACUGUUCUUUAAAA